AAAAAAAAAUAGGAGCCAGGCGACCGAGUUUCUAGAAUUAUUUUCAAUUUCCGUGAAUAAUGGCGAGCUACAUUGCUAGAAAAGGUCCAUCGGUUUUCUCUAAACUGGGCAGAUGGGCCUACAACAUGUCUAGAUUCAAUCAGUACGGUCUGCACCGUGACGAUUGUCUCUAUGAGAACGAGGAUGUGAAGGAAGCAAUCCGCCGUCUGCCCCGCAAGAUUUACGACGAGCGCAACUACCGUAUUAUGCGUGCUCUGCAUUUGUCCAUGACCAAAACAAUUUUGCCAAAAGAGCAGUGGACUAAGUACGAGGAGGAUGUCAAAUACUUGGAGCCCUAUUUGAACGAGGUGGUUAAGGAGCGCGAGGAGCGUGAGGACUGGAACAAGAACCACUAAGAACUUAGCCCCUUCCCCCUCACCACUCAAUUUAUAAAUGUUCAAAUACAUAGCUUAGAUUAAAACUAAAUAAGCUAUGAAAUUA